UGCCAACUCCCAGCCAGCCAGCUCUAUUUCCACCCUGGGCACUGACCUCAACAUCUGCACUUGCAGCUAGCAUGGACCAGCGACAGGGGCCACCAGAGUCAAGACCUGCAGGACCCGCCACGCACGCACAGCCCAAGGAGGGGACACUGUGGGGGUUCUUUGCCAUCCUGUCACUGCUGGCUGGGCUGGCCACAGGCAGCCUGCGAACACCACACUGCAACGAGACGCUGGACGCGGCCCCCACGCCACGAGGCAUGGCCACUGCCAGCCUGUCUGCAGAGGAUGGYGUGGAGGUGCCAGUCGCCGCUGCCUGGAGCCAGCUGUACGGGGACAAUGCGACGACAGGUGGCCCAGGCACCGCAGAGCUGGCRGAGGACCUGCUGCUGCGUGCUGAGCGCUCACCACCGAGCACCAACAAAGCCAAGAAGGGGGCACGGAAACCCUCACGGGGUACCCGUGGGCGCAACUGCCACAUCCGCAACCUGAUGGUGAAGGUGCGUGACCUGGGCCUGGGCUUCAACUCGGACGAAAUUGUGCUCUUCAAGUACUGCAGCGGGUCCUGCCACCGGGCACGCAGCAACUACGACCUGACGCUGGGCAGCCUGCUGAGGCAGCAGCUCAUCRCCCCGGGGCCACAGGAGCGGGUCCUCAGCCACCCCUGCUGCCGACCCACCCGCUAUGAGGCUGUCUCCUUCAUGGAUGUGGAGAACACAUGGCAGACAGUGGAGAAGCUCUCAGCAGCUGAGUGCAGCUGUAUUGGCUGAGGAGGGGACCGCUGGCUUGGCCCCAGCUCGAUACAUGCCGACAGACUCCAGCUUGCCACAUGCAGUGGCACUGUUGCUCAGAACAAGGGUCUGACAGAGGCUGCCUCCUCUGUUCUUAUGUGGCCACAAAGAACCGAGGUGAGAUGGAGUCAUGACUGGGGUGUGGGUGGCCAAGCCCGCUCCUGCUCGGUGCCAAGCAGCUGGUGCCACACGGGGUCCUGCCCAGGUGCACCCCGGCUCAGCCCUGAGAGAGGAGCUGAAGAGAGUAUGGACAUCCCCACCACUGCCAAGGCUCUGCCAGCCCCAUGUCCUUCAGCAGCACUCCUGCACCUGGGCUCUAGGGGCCAAGCAUCACCCAAGCUUCASAGGGGGCAAAACCUCCCUGUCCCCUCGGGCACCCUGGGGUCAGUGGUGCAGGGAAGGAGUGUCCCUGAGGGCAGAGAUGCAGUGGGGCCAAUUUGCACCAGUGUGGAGUGGGGGGCCCGCACCUGGACCAGCAGCAGCCCCUGGUAUUCAGCAGGGUGGUGGGUCACAGACACCCACGGAAACCCCCACCCCUGCCUGGUUCCCAGGRUGGUGGCAGGGUCCCCCCGCUGCUCCGUGGUGCUGUGGCACUAAACUAUUUAUUACUCUAAAUUAUUUAUUUAUUGUUCUCGAGCGGCAGCUCCUAUUUAUGACUUUGGGCCCCCGGGGGCCGGGUGUAAUUUAACCCCAGCGCUGCAGUGAAGCCCUGGGCAGCRCCCUGUGCCCCCCGCACCCUUUUUCUAUUAUUUGUAAAAUUUGAGGGAUAAACUCUAUUUUUGUACAGUCGCCUUUUCCUGUAGCAAUAA